CCACGCACCAUGAUUCAGCUUAUCUCGCACUGCGGGGAGCACCGGAAAGUGUUACCUGGUAGAUUAUCAGCGUUUGACUUACUUUCGUAAUGGAACUCUAAUUAUAACAACAAGUACUCCCGGAGAUGGACUCGCCGCCCUACACGCGAGAUCAUGCACUUUAUCACAUCUAGCUCGUUCAUGUCUCACAUUAUACAGGACUCUUCAUGUGUUCGCAUCGCAUCCCUCAGAACCUGAGCUGUUCAGGGUACUCUGCUUAGCAAGUGUGACGUCUGGGUGCAGACCCCUGUGCUCAUGCGCGAUGCGUAUAUACUCAAGGAAGCAAGGGGUUUGGUACCCACAUCCUUCCUGCCUCGAUAUACCUAGCUGCUCUAUAUCAUGGUUACCGUCUCAGUCAAAGACACCAUCCUUGCCCAGUCGGACAAGCCAGUGAAGCUUGAGAGCAGCGACUAUUUUCCUCCAGAGUCUGUGAACAAGGACGCUUUCUUCGAGUCGCCUACCACCUAUACCUGCCCGUGGAAGGGACAUGCUACCUACUACAGUGCCAACGUAAACGGUGCGACUUUGCCAGACGUUGCAUGGGCGUACCUCCAACCAAAGCCCGCCGCCGCACAAAUUGCAGGUCACUUCGCGUUUGACAAGGCGAGGCAUCUUUACGUCUCAGGAGUUCACUACAUCUAA